CUAAAGGAGAAAAUGUAAACUUUUGUGUUUUUUUGUGGCUGUUAAAGGUAAACUUGUCUCCCAAUUGUGCUGCACAGUAUACCAGAACUUGCUAACCUGAUGAGUGCCCACUGAGAGGGCAACUCUCAUCAAUAAUAAUUAUAGCUCAUAUAGCAUAUUUCACACUCAUUGUAAAAUAUCAUAAAAUACAUCAAUUACAAUUAAGAAGUGGUUAAGUUAAAAUAGGAAAUGCUUUCUGAAAGAGAAAUGUUUUUAGGCAAGAAUGGACAAACCUAGUUUAGUGGAGAAACCUGGUACAUACAAUCGUUAUAAUUUACAGACAUUUGGCAAUGCACUGCUGGACACGGUCCUCCUGUGUCAUUCGUGGGGGUUGUGUGAUUACUAAUCACGACACUGGACAAUAUAGGUGGGUGACAGAGGAGCUCAGGCUGGCUCAGAUGUAAUGUAAUGUUAUGAAGAAUCGCUAAAUCAAGCUAAAAGCAUCUCUAAUGCGCAUUGUCAUCUCAUCAAACUGUUCAUCAAAUGAAUGCUAUGGUCUCACUUGCAGUGUUUGAACUCGAGGUGUUCUUGAGUUCGUCUGGUCGGGUGUUCCAUGUAACGAGGCAAGCUUUCUGAAAGCGCCUGUGAUGUUGUUAGCCAUGCCUGAGAAUCAAACUCAGGUCACUGGAUUCAUAGCGCAGUAUGUGAACCCCUCCCACUUCUCCCCAAGUCUCAUUUGAUAAUGGGUUAUUUUUUCUGUGAUGGUUAUUAUAUUUACAAUGAUAAUCUUAUUUGUAUUUAAACCAUCAUACUUGUAAUUGUGUAUUAUAAUUAAUAGUGUUAUGUGUAAAUCAGUGCGUCCGCUCCACCACUCUCUACAAUAUUAGGAUAUAUCGUAGCAAAUAUAUAUGUUGUACGUGUAAUAUAUAUUCUAGGUUUUGCUCACUAAAAUUGUUAAACAUGUGCAUGUGAAAAUAACACAAGUGUUUCAAAUCUAUGACAGAAAUUCUCAUAAUUUAACAAUAGGUGUUUUUUUUCCCAAAAUAUUUUGUUUAUAUCUCAAACAAAACGUUUCGGCGAUUUAAUGAAGCCAAGGGUUGGAGCGGAAAUGAUGGAGCGUGUGUUGGCCUGGGAAGUGGGGCAGGAUUACAGCGGUGGACCAAGAGUAGUGGGUACAAGUUUCCCUUGGCCUAGACCGGCGUGUGCACUGUGUGCAGCACAUGUACGGUACACGAGAAGGUGUGAGAUUGUAUUAGAUGCACGACUGGGACCAUCUACUGGAGCUCUGCGUUGUUUUACAGGUGGAAGGACGGCGUAUGAACACUCCGCUGCUGCUAUCGGGGGUGCACGUGUACCUGAGUGGAUCCUACGUUGUGCUCGAGACCGAUUUCAAUCUGGUUGUUCGGUUUGACGGAAACCACCAUGUGGAGAUAGUCGUGCCGAACGAGUACGCUGGGAUACUGUGCGGCAUCUGCGGAAACUUUAAUGGCGAUGGCUCAGAUGACAAUCUGAAACCAGACGGCUCAGUGGCAGCCUCCUCGGCAGAACUGGGAAACAGCUGGCAGUCGGUGAACAGCUUGGAUGAAUGCAAAGAUGACGAUGGGGGAAGACCCGAGUGUGAUCCAGCGACACAGGAGGAGUUUGAAAAGGAAGGAUUCUGUGGCUUAAUCACCGAUCCCAAUGGUAAUGUCAAUUCUCAGCAUCUGGGUACUUUAAUGCACAUUAUUGUUUAACCACUUUCAUUAUUCACAUUAUACAGUAUUACACAACAUAAUGACGAUAUACCCUACUGUUGCUUGUUAAUUCACUACUGAAUUAAAGCCUCCCCUCGUUAUGUCAGUCAUGGUUUUUUAAAUCGUAUUUCACCAUGCUGGUCAGCGUGGACUGGUGAACGUUUGAGUAGCGGGUGGCCAGAGACAAUUGAUAUGUCACUCUCCACCUGUGUUUUGCCAUUGCCGGGAAUCGAACUCGGGAGCGAGGGGCAUAGUGCAGUGCAGAAACCACUUUGCCUCUACUACAACCACACACGUGCAGUAUUACUCUCCAAAUAGUGCAAUUCUUUUCCAUUGUUUUCAAGGCCUCGUUUAUAAAAUAGUUAAGUGAAUGCGACUAAAGUAUUUUGUAUUUAUAGAACAUCAUCGACCAUACAGGUAGUACAGCAGGUUUGAUGCAUGGCAUGAGAAAGCAGAUUUCCUUUGAC